AUGGUGUCAGAAGUGGGAUUACAAGAAAAAGUCAAGGAUGAGUUACUCCGCAUGGAGGCAUUAGGUGUCAUCGAAAAGGUCAAUGAACCCACUGACUGGGUUAGUUCAAUGGUCGUUGCCGAAAAAGCCAAUGGCAAAAUUCGUAUAUGUCUGGAUCCGCGUGACUUGAAUAAGGCCAUUCAACGUCCACAUUACCCUUUAAGAACUCUGGAUGAUAUAUUGCCUCAGCUUUCAGGCGCAAAGUACUUCACAAAGCUUGAUGCUAGGAGUGGUUAUUGGGCAUUGAAACUUGAGAGAGAGUCAUCGUUCCUUACAUGUUUUAACACCUUAUAUGGAAGGUACCGAUAUGUCCGAGUUCCCUUUGGUCUGAAGUCAAGCGGUGAUCUUUUUGUGCAAAAGAUUGAUGCUUGUCUUGAAGGUCUAUGUGGCGUAGCUGUCAUCGUGGAUGACAUACUAGUGUAUGGGUCAUCUAGAGAGGAACAUGACUCCAAUCUUAGAGCAGUCCUAAAGAGGUCUCAUGAUGAAGGAAUUCGUUUUAAUGAAACCAAACUCGAGGUCGGGGUAUCAGAAGUAGACUACUUUGGUCACCUUCUCACAUCAGAAGGUUUGAAAAAAUCAACCUCAAAGACAGAGGCUAUACAGAAAAUGAAGCCACCCAAAAAUAAAUCAGAACUUGAAACCAUAUUAGGUAUGGUAAACUAUCUGUCUAGAUUUGCCCCAAACUUGGCAGAUGUAACAGCCCCUCUGAGACAGUUACUGUCUAAAGAAGUUGAAUUCUGUUGGGAAACUGCACAAAGUGAUGCAUUUGACAAAAUGAAACAAAUCAUCACAGACCCGAAUCAGGUUUUAUCCUAUUAUGACAAAAGCAAGCCAUUAACAUUGCAAGUUGAUGCCUCCAAGUUUGGUCUCGGAGCAACAAUAAUGCAAGACGGGAAGCCACUUGCAUAUGCAUCAAAAUCACUCACACAAACUGAGGUCAAUUACGCACAAAUUGAGAAGGAAAUGUUUGCUAUUUUGUUCGGCUGCAAGCGGUUCCACCAUUUUGUUUAUGGUCACAAAGUCAACGUGCAAACUGAUCAUUUGCCGUUAGUUUCUAUUUUCAAAAAAUCAAUAAACACAGCUCCUGCACGAUUGCAGCGUACGCUACUACAGCUACAGAAAUAUGAUCUUGACAUCAAACAUUAUCCAUCCAAACAAGUACCAGUUGCAGACACACUGAGCAGGAACUUUCUAAAUGAAACGUUCCCUGAAUUGUCACAAGGCAUGGACAUGCAGGUACACAUGGUUAUGUCUCAUUUACCUGUAUCUGACAGAAAAUUGAAUGAAUUGAAGGACAAAACAAGUCAAGAUGAGACUUUAGUAUUGUUGAAACAGACUGUACUUCAAGGUUGGCCAACCUCUAGAAAAAUGUGUCCGUCCCAGAUAUUGCCCUUCUGGAAUUUCCGUGAUGAGUUAACUUCUAUUGAUGGGUUAGUCAUGAAAGGAAAUAAAAUAAUCAUCCCCAAAUCAAUGCAGUCUCAGAUGCUUGAACUCAUUCACACAGGUCACAUGGGAGUUGAGAAAUGUCUCAGAAGGGCCCGGGAUGUUAUGUUUUGGCCAGGAAUAUCGGCUGAUAUUACCAAUCUCGUGUUAAAAUGCAACACCUGUUUAAAACACAGAAACUCAAACCCAAAAGAGCCAUUAAUUCCCCUUGAGAUUCCUGAUUAUCCAUGGCAAAUUAUAGGCACUGAUCUAUUCACCUGGGAAAACAGGAACUAUCUUCUGAUAGUGGAUUACUAUAGCAGGUAUUUUGAGGUCAAGGAAUUGCCCAAUAUGAAAAGCACCACGGUCAUAAACAGAAUGAAAGGCAUAAUGGCCAGAUGGGGAAUUAGUGAGAAGGUUAUAUCUGAUGGUGGUCCCUGUUAUAUCUCUCAGGAGUUCGCUGAUUUUGCAAAAGAAUGGGAUUUCAAUCACCAGACAAUUAGUCCCUACCACAGUCAAUCAAACGGUCUAGCUGAGAAAUAUGUGUCAGUUUGUAAGAAACUCCUUACAAAGGCUAAAGACGCUGGGCGUGAUCCUUUUAUUGGCAUAUUAGAAUACCGGACCACCCCUCUUGAGUCAGGGUAUUCCCCUGCGCAGUUAAACAUGGGCAGACAAUUGCGCUCUAUCCUCCCAACAUCUAAGGAAAAUCUGAUGCCCAAGGUGAUAUCUCCUAAUUUAGUCAGGCAGGGUAUUCAAGAUAGCAAACAGAAGGGGAAGAAAUAUUAUGACAGACAAGCAAGGUCACUAGAACCCUUAACAUAUGGAGAAAAUACAAUGAUCCAACAAUUAAAUAAAACUUGGAGACCAGCCACUGUAGUUGACAAGUUAAAUGAAAGAUCAUACACUGUUCAGUGCCCAGAUGGGUCUAUGUAUACACGAAAUAGGCGGGAUCUAUUAAAGACCAAUGAGCCCUGCCAUGGUCAAUUUGCAGAGCCAGAAAUACAGGAAAUGCCUUUAGGUCAAACACCUACCCAGUCUGACAUCAAAGAUUCGGAAAGCCCUCUAAUUGGCAGUACUUCCUCUCCAUGUAUCAAUCACAAUCUGUACGUGACCAGGUCAGGAAGGGCCGUAAAACCAAAAGUAAUUGAAUCCAUGUGA